AUGGAAAGCCAGAAGCCACAGGAAGUCUCCAGCGCGCAGGAGAGAAAGGAGUCACGGCAGGAGACAGCGCCCAUUAAGGAUCCGCGUUUCUUCAAGGGCACAGUGAAUCCCCUGUACUUCUCCGACACUUACGGAUUCCUGUACGAGAAGGAGGAGGAGCAACUUGCAGAGAGGCAGAAGCAGGGGGAGAACGUGAAGAGGCAGCUGGAGCGAGUGGAGGCCCGGAAGAAGCUCCUGCACCUCCGAAGAACCGAGCAGGAGAUAAAAAAGAGCGAGUUUGAGCGGGUGAAGGAGGGCAAAGUCCCGUUCUACACCUCCCGAAAGCACCGGAAGAUCAUACAGACCGUAUACAGUGCGAAGGAGAAAGGAGCCGAGCACAUAAUCAACCGGCUGAAAAAGAAGAGGAAGGAAAGAGAGAACAAGUCCAGGAGAAUCUGCGAGUAG